UGGAGAAAAUCACAAGUCAGAAAAAAAAAAGAAUAAGAAGAAAGGAAUCCCUCCUACGCGGAAGCGAAGAGAUUCGUCGCCUCAGCCGCCUCUCUGCUCAGAUCUGCGGCGGAGCCUCGCCGGCGGCCUGCGCCCCGCGGCGCCGCCGAUCCAAGAUGCCUUCGUGCGUGCAGGGAUGCUGCUGCUGCUCGUCCCUGCGCCUUCUCCCCCGCGACGACGCGCUCUCGUCCCCCUCCGCCUGCGCGCACCGCCUGAAGCCUUGGUCUUGGCGUGCCCAAUCCCCCACCUCGUCCUCCUAACGCUUGUCCCCGCCCGCUCCCCACCCUGAUCUACCUGUCUCUACCCUUCCCUCCUCCAUUUCUACAUCUCCCCGUUGCUGCUCUGCUCCUGCUGCCACAAGAGUAUUCGCCUUCAAUCGUUGCUCGCGCCUGUCAUUUCGUGCCGCACGCCGACUUGUUUGCCGUUUUCGCUGCCGUCUUCUGUUGGAUCGGAUUUGUCUGGAUCGAUUCCAAGGUCGGAUCUACGCUGCUGCGGGUCAGCAUCAGUAGCGCAGCGUGGUUGUACGUUUGCGGUGUUGCUGUAUCACUCUGCGUCUCUGCAAGUGCUAAACCAGUCACUUUAUGGACGGUGGUUCCUGUGGUCUCGAGGGAGCGUCGGUAGUGACAUCUACUACCAGCACUGGUAUUCCGCUUCUGCCAGAGAAGCACUGCGCCUUGUUUGAUGAAGCUUGUGGAGCCAUGGCGGGCAGUAAUGGUCCUGAAGGAGUGCCAGUAGUGACUUCUGCUGAUGACCCUCCGACCCGUGCCGAUAUUCCAUUUGUCUGCAAUUCAGUUGAUGAAACCUGUGAAGCCACAGGGGGCGGCAGUGCUCCCUUGGAGGGUCAGAUAUGUACGGGUUUCUCCAAGUUGAUCAGCUUGGAGGUGAAGAAAGGCCUCCAGAAGUGUGCGACGUUCCCACCCUCAUCUGGUCAGCCUCAGCAGGAGGAUUGUUCAUGCUGCCAUGUAGGUGACGAGCUCACGUGUGCUCCUGCCUAUGGGCGAUCUGUGUCCUUACCUCAGCCAACUUUGAAGCUGGUCUCUGCCAUGAAAGGAGGUCGUGAAAAGAACGGAGUGGCAUCAUCACCAAGUGAAAACCGCCAUGUCAAGUGGGCUCCUGAUGUGUACGACCCCCCUGUGACAUCGGUAUGCCAUUCAGUGACCAACAGCUAUCAGCGCCGGUCAAAGCACCGCAAGAAGGAGAAGAACAAACAGAAGAAGAGGCAGAAGGGGAAGUCGAAGAAGAACCAACAACAGAGUUCUGCCCAGAAUCCAUCUGCACCGCAGGUUCCUGGUAUCGGGCCGAAAGGCGUUAGCACCACUGGUGGCCAGUCUCCAGCAGACGAUCUCAGCGAACAUGAGGCCGGGAUCAUGGACUACAGCAUGGGUAGCCAGGAAGCCAACUGUGGAAGCAGCUUCUUGCGCGAGUCUGUUGCUAAGAUGCACUUCUCGACCGCCGAAGCUUCCUGAGAGGCGUGCCUCAGUUCUGUAAAUAUGAUGGACGGGAUGUGUAUAAAUAAACCCAGCAUGCUGUUUUUUUUCGUCGUCGUUGUGUGCGUUUGAGAGCUCGCCUAGUGUUUUGGAACAAUAAUUUUUGGACAGACUAUGUGUUCUGUAUGUUUUGGUCGUCAGACAUAUCUAUCCUCAGUCCAUGGCUUUGCUUAACGGUUUAACCUGGACUCUUCUGAGAAGUUAUGGAUGUUCUGAACUCAAGUUAUACACUGCCUAAUGAUGUUUGAUUUGCUGGAA